UGGGAGGGAGCGCGCGGUUGCGCGCACGCGCGGAGGGGAUGACGGUGCCAUGGUAACGGGGGCGGCCAAGGCCCCGGGAAGAAGCUGCUGGCGGUUUGUAGGCCUCCCACGUCGGGGAAUGUCGCCACCACCGGGUGAGCCAUGGCUAUGGUAAUGAAGAGGAUUCAUGGUGCCCUACUUAAAAUAAUCUUUUAUUCCUUUGGGUCCAAUAUUGUAAAGCCCAAAGCAUCUGAUGUCCUAACACAACAUUUACUUCAGAGAAAGCUCCCCCAUUGGACAUCGUACUUCGUUAAAUACAGCUCCGUGGAAAAUGACCAGUUUGGACUCUCCCAUUUUAAUUGGAAUGUCAAAGGGAUCAAUUACCACAUUCUCAGGACAGGCUGCUUCCCGUACAUCAAGUACCACUGCUCCAUGGCACCCAGUUGCAACCUGGAACCAGAGAACAGGUUCUUCACUGCACUGAAAGUUAUUAACCUGGGUAUUCCCUGUUUAGCUUAUGGGAUCAGUGCAUGGUUCCUUAUCAGAGUCACUGAGAUUGUUCACACCAGUUCUGGUCCAGUGAACAUCUACUUUCUCUACCAGGAAGAUGAAGGAGCAAUUCACUAAAUAUCAUACUGCCAGCAACUGAUCUUGAGUUCACAAAGGAGGAGACUUAUGAGUUAGUAUGAUAACUGAAAAAUAAAGUAUUUAUCUGUAAGAUUUAAAUAAAAUGUAGCCACCAGAUUUUUAUUUUGUAAAAGUUUAAAGACUACUGUGUCAUUUGUUAGACUCCUUCAGUUUUGUAAGAUAUAUCACUACUGUUGUACAGCAUGACCUUUCAAACAAAAUAUCAUUUAUAUGAUCCUAGAUUGUUUAGGAGAGCAGACCUUCUUUAGGUGAGCAUUUUACUGGAUGUAGAGUUGAAUUCUUUUUCACACCUGGUACUUGUAUUGCAAACUUGUAUUUGAUGCAGAGUGAAAUUCCUUUGUCAAAACAAUAGUCCUUCAAACCAGCCAUCCUUGUGAGUGAGAUUGCUAGUUUUUUGUAAGAAAAGAAAAUGUUGGAAUUGCUCGGCAGGUCAGGCCAGUAUUUGUGGAGAGAGAAAAACAGAGUUAAUGUUUCAAAGGUCAAUGACCUGAAGCUGUUUCUCUCUCCACAGAUGCUGCUUGAUCUUCUCAGUAUUUCCAGCAUUUUCUGUUUUUAUUUCAGAUUUCCAGCAUUCACAGUAUUUUGCUUUUGCCAUUGUUAAAUUUUUGUGAUAAGCUGUAGACAGUUUUAUGUUGGAGGCUGCACACACAGAAAAUUAUCCCUGUAUAAUGCUGUUCACUGGUUCACAUUGUAAGCAAUUCUUUCUCUCAUUAUCAUUAAACUUUACUUUGGUUUGAAAUAUUUCACAUUAAUCCCAAAUUUUCAUAAUCCUAUUCUAUCAGCCAGCAGUAAAGUAAGGUUAACAGUGGGACAUGGGUUCCAUUCCUCCAUUUGCUGGCUUCGUUAAUUUAUUUUUAAAUGUUCUCAUGAUAUACGAGUUGCUAGCAUUUAUUGUCCGUUUCCAAUUGCCCUUGAAGGUGAUGAUGGACCUUCUUGAACCAUUGUAGUUCGUCUGGUUAUGCCACUCCCACAAUGAUGGUAGGCAGAGAGUUCCAGGAUUUUGACCCAGUAACAAUGAAGCUUAAGCCACGCUGAUGAGGAGGUCACUAAGCACAGGGCAGGUUCCUUCUCACUGACAGGCCAGAAAAAGCAGAAGGGAAGUCCCCCCAGUAGUAUGCCUAAGGCGAGCAGAUGCCAAGGAGAUUUGUGACCCAAAGAGAUUGGAAGGGUUUACACAAAUAAGAGGAGUUUAAGUAAACACUAUCUAGGGAUCAGUCUCAGUUGCAAUGCCCACAUAAUUGAACGUGUGACAAGAAUUGCUCUCCAGGCCCACACUGGACUGAGGAAUUGUUUUGCGAGUAUCCCAGCAUAGAAUCAGCAUGUUCAGGAGAACAGGAAGGCAAAAAAUUUAAUUAUUUCAAGAAAAGACCAAUCAUUUCCUUUUUAAAUGAGUAUGAGACUAUUUUGUUUAUCAUAUGGCAGUUUCUUCAGCAUGUUUAUUGUCUAGAGAGAGAAUCUCUGCACAAAUUUCUUGUCUGACCCUUUUUUUUCAAAACUUCUUGAUUUAUGUUCUGCAUCCAUUGUGAAGAGCGUCUUAAUCUUCAUUUAAAUUGACAAAUUACAAUGGAAGUAAAAACUAUGUUGCUACAAAGCACAGGUACUAAAGUAGAUGCUUGACUGUCAUCACUCCAUGGUUAAAUAGCCUGUCAAAUGUCACUAGUUAUCUUCAUAGAUGAAGAAUGACUUCAUAGGCAACAUAUUAAACAACAACCCAAAACUUUUGCCUUUAGUGUAAAAAAGAUGUCCUAGGGCAGGACAAAUAAGGAAUAAAACAGACAUUAAGCCAUAGAAGCAAAGAUUAGGAGGGGAAGUCAAAUAGGUGACAUUUAAGGGAGGUCUUAAAGAAAGAGAUGGGGCAGAGAAGCAGAGGGGUUUGGAAAGGGAAAAAAUUUGACACCCCCAAAAAAAAUCUGCCUGCCUAAAAUCCUGUAAACCUUUUCUCCUGUUUAGUUGAGAAGACAUUUUAGUUAUAAAAACAAAAAACUGCGGAUGCUGGAAAUCCAAAACAAAAACAGAAAUAUCUGGAAAAACUCAGCAGGUCUGGCAGCAUCGGCGGAGAAGAACAAAGUUGACGUUUCGAGUCCUCAUGACCCUUCAACAGAAAGCAUAUCUUCACGUACACUUUUUUUUCCUUUGGGGAAUAGUGGGUAGGUGGUGGAAGGAUUCCCAGGCUAACUAUCAGCCUGUUGAACCACGUCAUGGAUGAUCCUGUGGGCAACAAGUUCUGGCAUAGAACUUGAACCCAGAGCUAAGGAUGCUACAUUGUGCCACAAGACCUCCUGUUUGAGCCCUUAAGUCACUAGGGUUGACAUCUCACAAAUCAUGUGUUGCAAGUCAGAAAAAAAGCACUAAUGAUUAGAAUAUAAAAUGUUGAGUGUAUAUUGAUUCUCAUUCAGGAACAUAUCUGAUGCUGUUAGAUUAACAAACAGAUUUAGAAAAUUGUAAGAAUUCUACUUUGCUUAAGAUGAUUGAAGUUUUACAUGAAUCCUUGUUAUUAAAAAAUACAGAGACGAAUUUGCACAAGCAAGUGGUAUUUGUAUGAGAAAAGCCUCAGUUGCAAUUUCUGCUCUUUUAUUUUAGACCAGUUAAAUUAUACUUUGCAUCAAGGCUAAAGGCUAAUCAGUUUCAGCUUCAUGUUGACUUGAACUGUAUAGUGUAAUUUGGAAUUGAAAACUCCAAUUAAAAUUUGACUGAGAUCAU